AUGGCGACUAUAUUCCCGCGUCGAGCCAGCUUCGUCUGUCGCUCAUGCCAGAAGCUCUCUGCAGUGAAAUCCAACCGGCGACAAUUCAUCUCGCAAGUCGCGAGCCCCACGAAGCAGGAACCCAUCGUCCUUCCCAAGCCGCGCAGACGCAUAUCAGUGCCAUUAGCAAGAAGAGCUGCCCCCGUGGCAGCAGCAGCAGAGUCGCCUGCAGAUGGCAAUAGCUCCGUGUCAAAGCGAACUUCAUCUUCUGCAGAGAUCAACAGGACUUCAGCGGAAGUUUCUUCAACAACCAGCCUCGACCCUCCCCGCAGACUCAAUGAGUUCCGCAAAUUUGUCGCACAGAUACAGUCGAGCAAUGCUGCAGCUGACAAGGACGAUGUGCUCGAGGCACUGAUGGAUAUGUACGAGUUUGCGGGUGUGCUGGUGCAUGGUGGGACGGGCAAGAUGGUGCCCGAAGAGACUGCAGCAAGGACAACAACCACACAAGGCAAGGAGAUGGGAGACGCAUUACUUCAAGAUCUGGCCGAGGACAAUAAGUCGUCGCCAAGACUGCAGAGUGUCGGUGUAGCCACCAUCGACUCGAUAUCUGUCCCUGGCACAGGGACACAAACGAUGUCCCUCUCCUUCCGCGAAGAUGCGGCAAAGCGUGUCUCCCAGCUCGCCUACGACCUCCUGCGCGACCCCAAAGUCUACAUCACCGAAGACAUGCUGCAGAUGUACGUGCGCAUUCUGUGUCUACUGGGUCGACCAGAAUACCUGCCCGAGAUCUUCCACCUCUACGCGACGAAGAAAAUCCCCGCCGCGGACAGCAGCAACCCCGUGAAAUACUCGAAUCCGUGGCCGAGACUGCCCAAAUACGCCGUCCCGCUCGACCUCGCAGAAGCGGCCCUCGAAUCGGCCAUCCUCAAGAAGAACCUGCCGCUGGCACUGGCCAUAAUCGACACGACGGUGGGUGCGCCGGCGUUUCGCACAAACAAGGCCCUCCGCCAGGGCAGUGUGCCGGGGCUCAUCGUCGGCGCGACGCCCCUCAUAGCCUACGCGGGCGCGGACUGGGUCUCGCACUGGCAAAACACGAUGGACGUCGAGAUGGCCAAGUACACGGCCAUCGCCGGCGCGGUGGCGUACAUCGGCACGCUCACGACCAUCGGAUUCGUCGCCGUCACCACCUACAACGAUCAAAUGCAGCGGGUGGUAUGGCGGCCGGGGACGCACCUGAGCAGCCGGUGGCUGAGGGAGGACGAGAGACGGUUCUUCGACCGCUUGGCCCUCGCCUGGGGAUUUCAGGACAAGAGCCGGUGGGGCGAGGAGCACGGCGCCGAGUGGCAGAGGUUGAGGGACGAGUGUGGCCUCAGGGAUAUGAUUCUGGACAAGACGGAUUUGAUGGAGGGCAUGAAGUGA